CCUGAGGUCAUUGGAGGCCACAGCAAGGCAGAUAAAAGAAUUCUGUCAGAGAAUGGCAUGGAUAGUGAUACGCCAUUAAAAAGGUCCGCAUCUGUUUCCAGACAGUUGUCUGUCAUGGCGGGUAGAGGACGACUUUUGAAAGUACCCAUAAUCCUCUUGUCAUUGACGAUUGGAAUAUUAUGUGGCCACUUAUUGUUUCGCUUCUCUAGUGCUCCUAUAGAUUCUGGGUCACGUGGGAAUAAUUUUAAACGACAUGAAACGUCACAAAAACAGCUGGACACGUCAUUUCACGAACCUCCAUCUGAAAGAGAGGGCCUAAGUAUUAAAAAGGACAUGAGUAUACAGUUUCGAGACUAUCAGCCGAAGAAAUACUUUGUGAACGUAGGUGGGACUUACCCCAAAAGUAUUGAUAUUUUUCUUCUGACGUAUCCGGAUUCGGAGACGUUUUCGCUUGUUUCUUUCAUACCAGAUGUGUCGUUCGCGCCAUUUUACGCUGCUUUUGAUAACCAUACGCUGAUUAGCCCAGCAUGGGUAAGUGCAGCUGAAGAAUUGAAACAGGAAGUAAAUCUCCAUCCAUUUGGUGAAAAAGAAACCCGGGUUACUCUUCCAGUUGUUGAUAUCGGGGCCUGGCUCCAGAACAACACUCACCCAGACGACUUCGUCAUCGUAAAAAUGGAUGUCCCGGAUGACGAGGAAGAGGCUCUUGUGAAAAAACUAGUUCAUAUGGAGGCUGUGGAAUGGAUAGAUAAAUACUAUACAACAUUUCCCGAGAAACAGCUUGACAAAUUACGAAAUAUUUCCGAAAAAUAUGGGCUUCCGAUCUUCGGCUGGGAUGAAAGGAAUGAAACUUUUAGUGAUUUCAAUUAUGUCAAUCCAAUGAACGUUCCACCAGGGGCGAGUUUUGUGAAGGAAGAUUGUAAAUCCACAAAUUCUAGUGAAAUCUUUGCACUUUAUUUUUACACUACUGACAUGUCUUUAAAUACAAUCCGUGCAUUGAAAAUCCUAAGAGGGUACGGCGGUGAAAAAGAAGGGAAACUUAAUGCUGGUCUGUUUCUGCCAUUCGAGCUGAUUAUAUCGAAUCGUGAACUUACUGAAAGUUUAUUUUCUGUUUUCCAUGGUGGCCUAUUCUGGGAUUUACAAAAUAAUCGUAACUUGUCGAACAGUCAGUUCCGAAAUUAUGUUGUGAAGUUGUCAAGCAUCUGUUCUAAAUUCCAACAGCCAAUGAUCCUUCAAUACAUUUUGUUCUCUGAAAAGAACCAAGAUCUCGCAAAUUAUAUAAUGUCAACUCGACAUCAGACAGUGUUUUAUAAGUCAUAUGACCUAAGCAGUUUGAUGUCAUUUUCGGAAUUGGGAUCUUCAAAUUUCAUUCCUGAGUCUGGAACAAUAUAUUAUCUAGAUAUCGGACAGAAAAACAAUGACAAACUUGCAUUAUAUUAUUUGAAAAAUUAUGAAGAACAGUUAAUAUCACUUAUUAAGUGUGCUGUUCCAUAAGAUUUCACCAUGUGAAUGUAAAUUAAACAUACAGUAUAUUCAAA